UUCUCGUCAGACGCGACGCGUCCGCGAUCACGCACGGUGCAUCACGCGAGAAAGAAGAAGGUCCGUUGCGUUCGUUCAGUCAUUUCGGACGUGGAAAACAGGGAAGAGCACUUUGCUUGUACAUCAAGCACUGCCAUCCAACGAAUUUUCCCCAUUCUUCGUUCAACUAUUCUCUUUGGUCGCUGUUAAAUUCUCGUUGUGGAUUUGCAACACGAAAGCUAACCAACCGAUCGGAUCCACCGAUUGCGUGCCAACUUUCCAUGCAGCGAGGGUGGAGGCAACACGUCCGAAGUGACUGACUGCAACGCGAUUGGCUGAAGCACAUGGUCCGGUGAUUGUGACCAUGAUUGCAAAUCGUCUCACGCCGAUCGUCGCCCUCGUCCUCGUGGUCCUGCUUUCGUCCGUCCACCACGGUGAAGCAAUAAUAUGCUACCAAUGCAACAGCGAAUACGAUCCAAGGUGCGGCGAUCCAUUCGAUCCGUACAGUCUAGGAACCGUGAACUGCAGUUUUCAACCACGGUUGGAGCAUCUGAAUCAUCUGGAACCUUCUCUCUGUCGAAAGAUCAGCCAAAAAGUGUACGGGAAAAUCAGGGUUGUCAGAGGUUGCGGAUACCUCUCGGACGAAAAGGACAAUGCCGAAUGUGUGAGGAGGUCAGGCACACACGACGUUCUGGCGUUUUACUGCUCAUGCACCGGUGAUCUCUGCAACUCGGCCGAAAGCCGCACGCCGUCCUUUUUACUACCGUUUACGUCUCUGUUCGCGGUGAUACUCGCAGCGCCGAGUUUCCUCCUUUCUUACCCGUUCGCAAUACCCAUCUUAACCUUCCCUUACUUUUCCAUAGCCUAAAAGAUGCGGACACGACACUCGACGACGCCUAAUUCGAUAUAGAGACCGUUCGGAUCCGGCCCAACUCGUUUUCGUCCGAUUUCCAUCUCGUCCCUGAUAACAAACGACGCUCCGCGAGGAAUAUUGGACAGCGAUCGGUUCGAUUCUCCAACGACAGAGAACGCGCGUCGCGCAUCGAAUCGAACGCUUUUCUUUCUUCUUAUUAAAAUUAGCGACGAAACACGACUCGGGAACCGUGAUCGUUAACGAGUUGGUUACAGUCAACAAUCACCGAUGUGUCGCUCUUAUUUUUCGACACCGGAUGCUCAAUCGAGAGAGUGGAAGAGCACAACGUACGAAGACAACGGAUCCGGGAUUCGAACAAUUCGUAAAACAACAACAACAACAACAACAACAACAAGAACAACAAA